AUGUUCCCAAAAAGGCAGGCCACGAAAUCCACUAGUCAAGAAGAAGAUGUAGCUGGGCCUUCUGGGGAAGAAGUGGUACCUAACGAAGAAGUGGUUUCUUCUUUUCGGCUUCCAUCAACACCUCAAGGUAGGGCCAGAGGUAGACCCCCGUUAAGCCGUUCAUCACCUAACUCAAUCACAUUAGACACUAGUCCAGAAGAAGAUGUAGCUGGGCCUUCUUUGGAAGAAAAUAUAGCUAGCGAAGAAGAUGAUUGUGAUGAAGAGUCUGUAGAUGUGGAGGCCAGUCUGCAGCAGCGUGAACCUGAACCACCUCCAGGGUCAACACCGAUUCCACUUACCAGACAAUCGACCUGGCCAUUGUGGCGGACAGAGUGCUUUCGCAAUUGGUCUGAAACUGAAAACGGAAAAGUUCAUGCCAUCUGCAAGUUAUGCAACGUUUUCUUCAUGGGGUCAUGGAAAGCUUUCAGCAACUUUUCGCUUCAUUUGAGUCGAGUUCACGUGGAAUUAUUCAACAAGUUCCUCAAGUCCUCCAACACGUCUCGCCAAUUACCAAUCACCGCUUUUGCCAGAGAAAGGAACGUCAGCUCUAGUCACCAAGCCAAACUGGACAAGUACUUGACAAGAGCUUUUGUAACGGGAAACAUUCCGCUCCUUUUCACUCGUAAUGAAGACUUUAUCAAGUUUCUAAAGCUCGGGAUUCCUGGCUUUGUCCCUGUUGUGUACUAG